AUGAUCAAAGAGCCAGAAAAAAAAGCUGCGAGUUUAGGCAAGAAAAUGAAACUUUUUUUCAUUAAUCGUGGAAAAAUUAUCGUUUUGGAUAAAAGGAAAAAGCUGUUUUGUGUUGGCAAGCGCUUUACACAAACAUCCGAUGAAAAGUCGUUCAACCGAAUAUCACAUAACGCAGCUUGGGGUACUCACUCACAGCAAUCAUUACCAGGGCAGUUAUUAAGGGAGGAAGGGGCUCAGUGUUGCGGGUUAAUCUCUUUAGAUGUUGUUAGAGUUGUAGUUGUUAUUAAAAUUAAUAACUGA